GGGAUCCCCUGGGUUGGCCCUUGUACCCACAGGUCAGAAGCUCAGCGGGGCCUACCCACCCUACCCCAGGUGCUGGCACGUCCCAGUGUGCAGCUGCAGCCCCAUGGGUUUGCCUGUCUGCUGUGGGCUGGGGUGAUGGACCUGUGGGAAGGGGCCCUGCAGUAUCAUUUUGCAUGACACCAGUCUUGAACGUGACACUUGUGUGGCACACUAGCUGGAGCCCCCCAAGACCCUGUUGCCAGAGGCCCCAUGUUGUGCAGAUCCAGGCCUUGGUGUUCCUGCUACCCGGACUCCUUCAGUUCCUGCAGGGGUCAACCCCUCUUGCCUCUGGGCUUCUGCACCUGUGGCUUGCUAGGCCUGGAACAGGUGUCCCUGACUCCUGGCUCACGGGAACAGCCUUGACAGCAUCCCCCCAACAUCACAGAGCGGCAUUCCCUGCCUGAUGCUCCACAUCCCCCAAGGAAAGGGGCCUGGGGAGGGCAGGGGUCUGUCUAUCUUGUUCCCAGCUGUGCCCCCAGGGCACUUACUAGACCAAGGCUGACUGCCUGGAUCUCCUUCCUCAUCUUUGCCUGGAGAUAGAAAAGUGAGGCUCAGAGUGGACAUCUUCCUGCCAGGUACAGAGUUGGAAUUUGAGUGCAGAGCCAGCCCAUGCUUCCCCUCCUGACCUCCUCUGUGCCCCAAGGCACAGCAGCGGGCGCUUGUCCUGCUCCUUCUGAGGGUGAGGCUUUGCAGCCGUGACAGGGGACAGGAAGGAGUUAGAACCGAUGGCGUUGCUUCCUUGCCUAAUUCCACUCCACAAACAGGUCCUCCAGUAAGCCAGUGCGAGAGACUGAGAUGAGCCAAAUCCCACCAGCUCCUGGGGUCUCCCAGCCAGGUACCAACCCAUCUCAUCACUAGUCCUUUAUGUACCUAUUCUACGGAGGGGACUCUUAUCUCCAUUUUAUAGAUGAGGGUAUGGAGUGCAGAGGUGAAGUAAAGUACUGUGGCCACACAGCUCAUAAGGGUUGGGUGGGACUCAAGCCCAGAUCAUCCUAGCUCCAAACCUGGAUGAGGGAAAGAUCACAGCCAGUCAGGGGCAAGGCAGGAAGGCCUCAAGGAAGAGACGGUGCCUGAGCUAGGCCUUGGGGGAUCUCCCAGGCGGAUGAGGAAGAAUAGAAUCCCAGGCAGAAGGAACUCAGAGCAAAGGUUGGGCUGCAGAGAGGUAUGUGGCGAGGGGGGAGGCUGUGGGGGAGAGUCCUGGCCUGCUGGUGGGAGCUGGUGAAUGCCAGGCCAGGUCUCCAUGUGACAGUGGCAGGGACCCACCAAGGUGUUGGGCAGCACGAGGUCAGCUGUGCUGGGAGAGGAGGUUUAUUCUGGCUGUUGGCUGCCUGUGCACUGGGGAGUGGAUGGAGGAGACGAGAAGCUCAGGCAGUCAGAAGCUCAAGGCCAGAGGAGCCAUCUGUCACAAGCAUAUUACAGAUGAAAGUGGCUGGAAGGGAAGACACCAGUGGACAAGUAGCCGAUGCCGGGAGCUGGGAGGAUGAGCUGAAGGGCUGGGAAAGGCACCAGUGAGAUUCUGGGGUGGGUGAUGGCCGGGGUCUUGUGCAGUGCGGUGGCAACAGACCCCUGCAUGUAGUAGGUGCUCAGUAUACAUUUAUCACUUGAAUGGACGAGAAGCUCUCCAGUUCUAGGCCUGCUGGCAUCUGGGUGCCCUCCCCCAUCUCCAGCACCUCUCCUCUUUGCCCUCUGCCCUGUGGCCUCGGAAGAACCCAGCUGGCCAGCAGGGGUGGUGCCAGCCAUGGUUCUACCCGGAGCCCCCCUCCACCCGCCUGCGAGUUCAUAUUGCUGUCUUUGCUUCUCUCUCUAUCCCCUCCCCCUUCCCCCGCUUCCAUAUCUUUCCUGGGAUUCGUCUCCAUGGCGACCUACCACCUUGGCUUGCCUGCAGCCCAGCCUCUGCCAGGGAUUCGGAGCCAGGCCCUGUCCCUCCCUUCUCCGGAGCCCUGGUACCCGCAGUCCUUGUCUCCUCCCUCUGGGGUGAGGCCAGAGGCAGCCCCCUCUCUCCUGACUGUUACAUUCAUUUUCCAGCUCAAAUCUGAGUCAGGGAGAAAGGGAGUCAGCUCCUCUGGGGAGACUGGUCUUCAAGCCCUGCCCCCACGCUCCACCUGCCACAGCGCUUCCAGGAGAAAAGCCAUCCUUGCUGGCUGGUUGGAGGUCUCUUGGGGAUCCUCCUCUGCAUCAAGACCCUCUCCCCACUCCGUCUCCCAUGCCGAGGCCCAUCUUGUCAGUCAUUUCCUUUUGUCAUCGGCUUGGCAAACAGGAGAGAAAAUGGAGCUUUAUGGGAGGCACCAGCAAUAGUUCGCCCCACUCACCGUUCCCCAAGUUGGAGUUGGGCCUGGUGUCCCGGCCCACAGGGUCCUGGGAGCUUCCCGCCUGUGCCAUCUGCCUGGAGAGGCUGCACGAGCCUGUCUCGCUUGACUGUGGCCAUGACUUCUGUGUUCAGUGCUUCAGCACACACCGCACCCCAGGCUGCCAGCCGCCCUGCUGCCCCGAGUGCCGCAAGACAUGCAGGCCGAAGAAGGGCCUCCGCAGCCUGGGGGAGAAGAUGAAGCUGCUGCCGCAGAAGCCGCUGCCCCCGGCGCUGCAGGAGACGUGUGAUGUGAAGGCCGAGCCACUGCUGCUGGUGCGAAUCAGUGCCUCUGGGGGCCUCAUCCUCAGGAUGGGGGCCGUAAACCGCUGCCUGAAGCACCCCCUGGCCAGGGACACUCCCGUCUGCCUCCUUGCCGUCCUAGGGGAGCAGCGCUCAGGGAAAUCCUUCCUCCUCAACCACUUGCUCCAGGGCUUGCUGGGCCUGGAAUCUGGCAAAGGUAGCUGGCUGAGAGGAGGGGGACCCCCACAAGGGCUCAGGUGGGGGACCAGUAGCCUCACCAGGGGCAUCUGGAUGUGGAGCCGCCCCUUCCUGCUGGGGAAAGAAGGAAAGAAGGUGGCUGUGUUCCUGGUGGACACUGGGGGCGCCAUGAGCCCUGAACUGAGCAGAGAGACCAGGACCAAGUUGUGUGCUCUCACCGCCAUGCUGAGCUCCUACCAGAUCCUUACCACCUCCCAGGAGCUGAAGGACACAGACCUGGAACACUUAGAGAUGUUUGUCCACGUGGCUGAGGUGAUGGGCAAGCACUAUGGGAUGGUACCAAUCCAGCAUCUGGAUCUCUUAGUUCACGACUCAUCCCGCCCCAAAAAGGCAGGGCCGGGGCACAUGGGUGACAUCAUCCAGAAGUUGUCAGGCAAAUACCCCAAGCUUCAGGAGCUGCUUCAAGGGAAACAAGCUCGCUGUUACCUCCUGCCUUCUUCAGGGAGGCGGUGGGUGGACAGAGGCCAUGGAAGUCCUAGCAACGCGGAGGAGGAUUUUGGGAGCUUUCUUCAUGCCUACAUUGUGGACGUGCUGAGUGCAGCCCCCCAGCAUGCCAAGAGCCGCUGCCGGGGGCCCUGGAGUGAGGGACGAGCCAUUGCCCGGGGGGACAGAUGCCUGCUCACUGGGCAGCAGUUAGCUCAGGAAAUCAAGAACCUCUCAGGUUGGAUGGGGAGGACGGUACCCAGCUUCACCUCUCCGGAGGAGGUGGCUGCCCAGCUGCAUGACCUACGGCAAGUGGAAGCUGCCAAGAAGGAGUAUGAGGAGUUCGUGAGGCAGCAGGACUUGGCCACCAAGCGCAUAUUCUCUGCCCUCCGCGUGCUGCCUGAUACUAUGCGGAACCUGCUUUCUGCCCAGAGAGAUGCUGUCCUGGCUCGGCACAGUGUGGCCUUACUGUGCCAAGGGAGAGCGCAGACGUUGGCAGCCUUGGAGGCGGAGCUGCAGGCCAUGGCCAAGGUCUUCAUGGACACGUAUACAAUGCGGUUCUGUGGCCACCUGGCGGCUGUGGGGGGCGCUGUGGGGGCUGGGUUCAUGGGCUUGGCGGGUGGGGUGGUGGGUGCAGGCAUGGCAGCAGCAGCUCUGGCUGCAGAGGCUGGCAUGGUGGCGGCUGGAGCUGCGGUGGGGGCCACGGGGGCUGCUGUGGUGGGGGGCGGCGUGGGUGCUGGGCUGGCGGCCACCAUGGGCUGCAUGGAGAAGGAGGAGAAUGAGAGGGUGCAGGAAGGGGAUCAAGAGCCGCUUCUCCAGGAAGAGUAGGAGGCCCCAGGAGGCGUUAAAGGGAGGGAAAGAUGUGGGGGUGGCAGGGAGGGGCUUCAAGGGGCCCAGAUGUACCACUCUACCCUGUUGAAUGCCCAGAGUCCGGAUGGCUCCAGGAAUCUGGGGAGGUUUCCCUGGCCAGGAGGCAGCGUUUGGGAGUGGAGACUCAUCUCCGCUUGUAGAUGACCACUAAUCUGCCAUCCUUACCAAAUACACUUGGACCUGCCACCAGUGAGGCCACAUCCUCCCAGCUUGCUUGUAUUGUAGGAAGGCCAAAGUGUUCCCUUCCUGGAAGCCUGCCCUUGGCUCAAGUGACCUCAGUGUUGAGGGGCUCAGGGAGGAAAGGGAAGGAGAAGACUGGGCUGGCUGCCACUGUGGGGUGCAUGGAGAGGGAGGAGGAUGAGAGGGUGCAGGACAGGAAGAGUAGGGGGCCCCAGGAGGUGUUAAAGGUGUGGGGUGGUGAAAGAGAUGGGGUAUGGUGGACAGUGACUGAAACCACAGAGCAGAGACUCCUGCUUUGAGGACUCUUCCCAGAGCUACUCCAGGUGGCUUCCUGGCCCCUCCCACAUUCCCCACUGGCCCUCGUCCCAAGUCUGUAUCUACACCUUGAACUGCCCUGCCCCUCCUGGUAGAUUGGCUGCUGCUGGGUGUGUGCCCUCGGCAAGCAGAAGGCAGAGUGCCCGUGCCCUUUGCGGAAUGCCGCACAGCAACAGGUUAAAUGCCAGGGUAGCAACUUUGACUGCAUUCGGAGCUCAGCCAGGCAGCCUUUGUAUCAGUACCAGUACUAGUCGCUGUACAGUGGCCUCCGACUCAUGGCACCAACAUGUGUGUCAGAGUAAACUGUGCUUAUAGGGUUUUCAAAUGGCUAAUCUUUUGGAGGUAGAUGGCCAGGCCUUUCUGAGAUGCCUCUGGGUGGACUUGAACCUCCAACCUUUCAGUUAGCCGCCAAGUACUUAACUGUUUGUACCACCUAGGGGCCCCACUUUUAUACCAGAUUCCAGCAAAGUCCUGCAAAAGAAAGAAGAGUGGGAAGCUAUCCUCACACAUGCCUUUUCUCCCCUGUGAUUGUGAGCAGAUCUUUCUCUUCCAUCUUAGCGGGAGACCUGCCUGCAGCUCCCCAGACACCAGGGUUCCACAAGGAGCCAGCACUCCUUUCCUUGGGGGCUCAGAGAGUCCUGUGGGGAAGACUUCUGUGCUAUACAUGUAAAGGGUUAAUGGGAACAUUGUAUGGAAAAAUAA